AUGCGUGUCACUUCUCUGUUGACGGUCUUCAUGGCUCCCCUGGCGAUUGCUGUGGCAGCUCCCCAGCCCAACCCCGUGGCUGCUGCUGCCCCGGCGAGCACCACCGGUCUCCUCAGCGAAUUGGGCGAUCUGGGCAGCCUUCUGAGCCAGGACAACAUCAAUAGUCUCAACACCAUCAUUAAGAACGGCGGCAAACUCCUUUCCGAUAGCAACCUCAAUACUUUGCAGAGUAUCUUGACCAAUGCCGACUCGCUUCUGACCAAAGAGUUUGUGGACAACACGACUACUCUGAUCGGAGAGGCCACUCCGCUGCUCGGGGAUGUUUCCAAGUUACUGGGCUCACUACUGGGCUCGCUAUAA